AUGACUUAUUUCCAGGAUGCACUAUCACAAAGUUCUGUCCAAUAUCCUCCGUCCAAUUAUGAGCCUAUACUACAAGUGAAAUCUUGGGCGACUUCUAGUUUUGUAAAAGGGUAUAAGCAGAGAAGUUCAAAUACUAGAGCGCCUCAAAAUAACCUCCAGGAUCAUGCGAAAACCAUCUUUUCUAUUUCAAUUAAUGAAAUAAAUUAG